AUGGCUCAAGGCUUUCGAGGACUCUUCGCUCUGCUGGCCCUGACCGUCUGCUCGGCACGGGCGGUAGUGGAGAUUGACGCCGCCAAGGUGACGCUGUGCCACCACAACGACCCCUUCAUGGGCGUGACAGCCGUGUCCACCAACACAUGUUUGCAAGCGGGCACGCUCUAUGUCAAGCCCGUGUGCGGCAGCAACGCACGCAUCACGACUUAUUCCGAUGCUGCCUGCACUACGGAGGUGACCAGCACGACAGAUUUUAGCACGUGUGUGGCAGAUGCGUUUUAUUUUGAGUGCGGCCGCGCACCGGCGUCGACCGUGGCCACGAUGCUGCUGUACGAGACGACGGACUGCUCGUCCAACCCGCCAGCCCGCAUGUGGAUGUCGAGCGACUGCAAGGCCUCGGGACCCAGCUCCUCUUUCCAGUUUGCCUGUGAAAGCGACGAUGUCAAGGUCCUGACGUACAGCACAAACACGUGCGAUGGCAGCAGCCAAAAGAUUGCCCUGCGCAGCAACGAGUGCCUGGAGUUUGAAGACAUUAUCGACUCGGGUGAUGAUGACGGCGCCAACAACGUCUUGGGCUACACCUAUGCUCACCUCAAGUGUGGUGCCGAUAACACGUUGGACGGUAGCGGCGCCGCGCUCUGGAGCCCGACCAGCUGGCCUCUGCUCCUGACCAUUGCCGCCCUGAUUGUGGCUGCGCUGCAUUGAGCUGGCUAGUAGGGCAAUCACAUCCUUAUCCAUCCAGUCGUCGAGCUUGGCGCAUUUUUUGACGGCCGAUCCCAAUUUUUACACCGUCAGUGUCAGCGAGGCACCACCUUUAAUGGCUCGAGAUGCUUCUGACCGCGGAGAGACGGU